ACGGCAAUUGCAGCUCCAGGGAGGAGACCGUUGUCGCAUUUGGAUGACGACAACAUGUUCGAAAACAUUGGCAGUAAUCGGUAAGCACAAACUGGUGCGAGGAUGACACUGGACAAGAAAAGGAUACAUCGUCUUCGUUGCGAACUGUACGAAGAAAUUGCUGAUUUUGUGAAAGUGGCAGUGGUGCUUCCAAUACGAAUACUGCUUCUACGACAGACAAUUCUUCCCGGUUGAGUGCGGCUUCGACGGCACCUUCAUCAGCAGAUAUGCAUGGACGUGAGGAGUGGAGAUCUCCACAUGACAAGCCCUUCAACGAUAUUCCUAUGCCUCCAGUGCCCAAAUCGACUGCUGCCUUUAGCCUUAAAAAUGCAGGCCGAACUUUGUCUUGGGGACGAAAUAAGCCGACUCCGCCAUCUCCACCCAAGGAGUCUUCUUCUCCAACCAUUGAAGAAGAACAGCAGAGUGGCAGAUCAAGGGCCGUCACAGCGUCCAGCUACGCAAGUACAGCUACCCCACCAAAGCUUGUGGAUAGAGAUCUCGGGUUGAGCUUGGGUGGAGAUUUCUCAGACAUGUUUUCUGGAUUUGGGAAAAGAAAGAGUGUGGUCAUGGAUGCCGAGAACAAUAGAGCCAUGUCGCAAAGUCCAGACACUUUACCUACAGGACCUGCGAAUCGAUCGUAUACCGCCAACCGACUGAAUCCGCCAUCGGCUCUAAGCAUCGACAGAAAUAGAGAAGUUGAGGCUUCGCCCUAUUCCUGGAGCAGUCAGCAUUCUCGGGAUGGCCUAAUCUCAAGCUCUAGUCCGCCCCCAUUCGCUCCCCGAAACGAAACGCCUCCUCCCCCAGUGCCUCAACACGGCCGAGCUUACAUAGAAUCUCCGAAUAGUUUCGCGAGGCCACGACCAGGCGGUUUGGCUAACAAUGGUUUAAGACGGAGCAGUGCGGUUAUGGAACCUAAGCGUCAAUCUACGUUGGAAUACAACGAAUCUGUAGAUGAGGAUGCCAGGCUUCUGCGAGAGUCUAUAAAUGCGGCUCGACAACUUAAUGAUCCCGGACACAGGGCUCGCGAUAGUUGGCUAGUCCCCUCGACUUCUCCAUAUUCUAAAAUGGACGAGCCGACCACGUAUUCAAGCUGGAGAACUCCUUCCACAGAAACAACCCCACGGGCAAAGAAAGCAGAGCAGAAACCUGACGAGGACAACUUGUUCGAUACGCAAAUUGCUGCCGCCGCCAAUGUUGCCAAUCGUUACCAGAUGAAGAAGUCUUGGACUACACCAGCAACAAAUACUCCACCGCAGAACAAGGUCAUGACGCCUGCACAAUUCGAGCGAUACAAGCAGGAUCAAGAACGACUUAAGAGUGUAGGAGGGCAAUCGAAAGACAAAGAAGAGGAUAACGAAGAUGAGACAUAUGAUGAUGACGAAGAUGAUGCCGAAAAGGCGAAGCAGGCGGCAAAGCAGCGAAGAAAACAAGAAGCACACAUGGCUGUUUAUCGACAGCAGAUGAUGAAAGUAACAGGCGAGGCACCUUCUGCAGCUUCUCGACCCAGUAUGUUUGCGACACAAAGCAGUCCAAACCUCGCAAUGUCAGGAAAGUCAUCCGAAGAGGCCGAAGAGGAGGACGAGGAGGUCCCGUUAGCGAUCUUGCAAGCACACGGUUUCCCGAGCAAGAACAAACCACCAAUGCGAAGUAUGGGCUCCAAUCCGAACCUGCGCUCUUCAGCUGGAUCGACUGCUGGUGGUGUUGUAGGUAGCGGUAACAAUCUCCCUGUGUUUGCCAGGAAUCUGCCACAAGACCCUUAUUUUGGGGCCAGUGUCGUCAAUCCCAUGCAUCGGGAGUCUUUGUCUUUCGGUGGUGGAUCGGGCUCCGUCAGUGGAGCGCCGUCCAGAGGUCUACCUCCUGGUGGCUUGGUCGGUGUUAUAGCAUCUGAAGAGAGAUCUAGAGCGAUGAGAAGAGGCAGUCCAAAUAUGCAAGGCGAAUAUGGACCAUCACAGCCUCCAUGCAUGAACGGCAUGGGUAUGCAACCACCUCAGAUGGGUGGUAGCAUGUACAAUGGCAUGGGUGGAGGUAUGCCCAUGGGCCCUAUGGGUCCUAUGGGUCCGAUUAUUCCAAUGAUGUUGACCCCAGGAGACCAAGCUCAGAUUCAAAUGACGCAACAGAUGCAGCAGUUCAUGCAAAUGCAGAUGCAAUUCAUGCAGAUGAUGACAGGCGGCGGAGCUCAACAGAAUGGACAUAUGCCACAUGCGUCCAUGGGUGACAUGCCACGACCAGGUAGUGCUCAUCAACUUCGCCCGGCUCCUCCUCAGCAUCAACGAGCAAUGACAAUGUUGGAGCCCAACACAGCGCCAUGGAUGCAGAAUAAACCAGGAAGCUUGUAUGCUCCAUCCAUUCAUGCGCAAGGCAACGGCUAUGCUCCGUCUAUAGCACCCUCUGAGCGAAGCAAUGUUGGCCUUCCUGGCAGGUACAGACCAGUCUCACAAGCUCCAGUAACCAACGAAAAUAAGGGCAGGACAUCGUCCAUGAUGUCCGGUGCUCUUCAAAACUGGGACACCAAGAACGCUUCCACGACCAUCAGAGCAAUCAACAAGUCAGGCAAUGUUUCUGAUGAAGACGACGAAGAAGGUUGGGAGGAAAUGGCAAAGAAGAGAGAGAAGAAGAAAUCCGUGUGGCGAAUCAAGAAAGAUAAAGAUAAUAAUGGCGGAUUGAGGGAGAUGUUGCACUUCGCAUAGCGCGUGGUUCAUAGAUGAUGAAAAAGAUUAUAUGGUAGCAUUUGCAUAGAGGCGUUUAAAGAGCUUUGGAUUCUGGCUUUGAAGCUCAUGUUACGAAGGCUUUGUAGUAAUAUAAUUCACUUGACCGAUCAGACUCGGG